GCCUCGUGCUGCGCAGCGGCAAGUUAGAUUAACUUUUGCCGCCAAAAAGGCUAGAUGUGUUGUCUCUCGCUCUGCUAAUACGAGCACGAGUGAAGGGAGAGACGGUUGUGCUGUGCACAGUUUUACAUGUGCUCUGUGUUUUUGCAGGAAAGUCUGACUGCUUAACAAAAUGCAAGACUGGAGCUUUCUUUUCAUGGUGUUGGACAAGGUGCAGUCCAAUUCCACAGUCAUCGGUAAGAUCUGGAUAAGAGCCCUGUUUAUUUUCAGGAUCCUGAUUGUGGGCACAGCAGCUGCAAUUGUAUGGGAAGAUGAGCAGUCAAGUCUUGUGUGCAAUACACAAGAACCUGGUUGUGAGAAUGUCUGCUAUGACCAGCUAUUCCCCAUCUCUCAUACCCGCUUUUGGAUCGUUCAGGUUAUCUUCGUGUCCAUGCCCACAAUACUGUACCUGUGCCAUGUCAUCCAUGUCGUUCACCAGAAGGACAAAUUGAGAGAAAGAGCAAGACAACAGCAUGACAGCCAAGUGACAAACAUCUCCAACAACCCAGAUGAGGGUCGUGUUGAGUGCAGCCUGUUUAUCAGCUAUCUUACGCAUCUGUUCUUCAAGAUCAUCUUAGAACUUGCUUUCAUCAUCGGACAGUACUACCUAUAUGACUUCUUCGUGGGACAUAUGUUUACUUGUAAUUCAAGACCGUGUCCCCACAGUGUUGAAUGCUUCAUGUCACAUUCAACAGAAAAGAGACUUUUCAAUGGCGUAUUGCUAUUGGUGGCAUGUGUGUCCCUGCUGCUCAAUGUGAUUGAGGCUGUUUGCCUGCCGUGCAGCAGAGCAAGAUGUUGCUCUGGGAGUAAUACAGAAAAUCAAAAAGUUAAUGAAGAACGGGAGAAAAGGCAAAACAAAAUGAUCUAAAAUACAACAUUUUUGUCUUCCGAUUAAUACUUUCAUGAUGUAUACUGUCAAUGUAAUUUUUCAGUUUGUAUCCUAGCUCCUUAUAUAUUCUUAAAUAUAUAAUACAUAAAGGGCAGACAUUUCACUUAUGCAAAAUAUGUAAGUGAGUAUGUAAAUGUAAUAUGAAGUAUACUGAAUACACAUACAUACAUACAUACAGUACAUACAUACAUACAUACAUACAUACAUACAUACAUAUCAAAUCAUUAUUACCUACUGCACCUUCUGUUUUUAUUACACAUUCACUGCACAGUGUUGCCCAGUUAUACUGCAUUUUACUAUAUACAGUAUACCACAACUUAAUUGCCUAUUGCAUUUUCUGUUUAUUAUAACACAUUUUUACUUAUAACAAAUAGGCCAAUUAUGCACUUCUGGUUGGAUGCUAACUGCAUUUCAUUGGCUCUGUACAUGUACUUUGCACAAUGACAAUAAAGUGGAAUCUAAUCUAAUCAAA